AGUGUGGAUCGUAACUUCGAGGGUGAUGGUUGGAUUUUCUUUACGCUGUUAAGAUAUGUAGAGUGCUGACGGGUGCGGCGUUUCCCUCUUUUUGCGGUUCUUUUCUUUUAUAUCCCAAGACAUCCCACACUACAUCUUUCCUAUAUAGAGUUGGUACCAGUUGAGUCAGAGAAGUUCAACUUAACUUAACCAUAGCAAAUUGGACGUCUGUGCAUGGACCAGUUUCGAAGCCUACUGUGCAGUGAGGAAAAAGUGCGCCAAAGUGUCGUUCAUUUAGUACAUUCAACCGGCCUUCUUCGACCGGAAGUGGAAGUCAUCAAGCAGCAGCAGAGAAAAGCAAACAAACGCUCGGAAAAACUAAACGAGCUUAGAUACUUUCACGUGCGAUUAUCGAUUUAGUGCGUCCGGUCCGGGGCAGGGUCGGGGAAAAGCAGUUUGUUGAGUUCUUCAACUGUGACAGGGAGUUGUGCCAUCUGCAUCAUGUGAUUGGAUCCGCUGAAUGAUAUCAGUGCAAAGUGAUGCUAGUUGACUCAUUGGAGUGAUUCGAGCAAAAUAUAGUGCCAAUAUAGAGCUACCAUAACUGUACCAAGUUCAAACGAAAAGAAAGAAUAACUAGUUGGAAGGUAUAGAGCCUUCCUAGCAGGUCGUCGUUAUCAACAGGUGGGCGACGGUACGCAUACCACACCAAACAACGGAAAUCGAGUGCUUCAAGUGAACGAAAAGCAGUUCCCCUGUCAUCUGGCCAAAUAGGUGCUUCUGUGCUAAUCGAUAUUGAUUAAUUGGCUGGAAAAGUCCUUGUGAUUCGUUUUAAAUCAUUCGUAGCUCGAGGAUAGAGACGAAUAACACCGACGUAAAUCAAUUUGAGCGGUUAUUGCUGAUAGCAGCAAUAUUUUUUCGCCGCAAUGGAUCCAUUGAGUAUCGGUUCCAGUGUCCUGAGCUUGCACCAACGAGAAAACACCGAACAGAACAAAGACGAUGCAUUCCAGGAAAUCAUAGUCAGCUGCCGGUCGCUCAGCAAGUACGAAACCAACAUCCGGUCGGCCUUCCCGCAGAUCUUCUCGGCCAUCAUAGCGGCAGCGUUCCACAUCGUGAUCGGCAUUUCGUUGGCCUACUCGGCGAUCUUGAUUCCACAGCUCGAGGAUCCCAACAGUGACGUGGUGGUCACGAAGACCCAGUCCUCAUGGAUCGCGUCCAUCAUUGUCAUCAUGGUACCCAUCGGGUCCCUGAUCGCGGGAGUACUGAUGGAGUUCCUGGGACGCCUGAACACCAUCAAACUAGCAGCGGUCCCCUGUAUAGUAGGCUGGAUAGCGAUCGCGUGCGCAAAUAGCUUCACCUGGAUUAUGGUUGGCCGAGUGCUGACCGGUUUCGCUUGUGCCAUUGGAACGAGUCCAGCGAUCGUGUACAUUACAGAGGUGUCACGACCGGACAUGCGAGGGUCUCUGAUUUCCUCAGGGCCGACAAUUGCCUCGCUGGGUAUGGUGAUCGCAUACACCAAGGGCGCUUUCCUAAAUUGGCGCCUGGUCGCCUGGAUCAACAUAGCGUACACUGUAGUUCCUGUACUGCUUAUCCAACUAUUGGUACCUGAAUCUCCCGUUUGGUUGGUUUCCAAGGGACGCAUCGAGGACGCAGCUCGAUCACUCAAGUUCCUCUACAAAAAGUAUCCUCAACCUGAUCAUACUGAUCAACCACUGUCCGAGAUGCACUUAAAUGCCUUAAUCAAAGAGCGGGAAUCUAAAAUUCAUGAAGCAGAACGAAACCUUGAAGCAAAUCAAUCAAGGUUCCGAGGCUUCCUGAAGCCCACCGGCUACAAACCGAUGAUCAUUCUGUUCUGGUUCUUCCUUAUUCAACAGUUCAGUGGGAUCUACAUCACUCUGUUUUUCGCCGUUACCUUCAUGCAGGAUGUCGGAACAGAGGUCAAUGCGUACAUGGCAUCGAUCUUCGUGGGGCUGACACGCUUCAUGAUGUCACUGUUGAAUGCAUGGCUUUUGAAGAAGUUUGCCCGUAGACCGUUGGUGAUGGUGUCUACUACGGGAAUGGCAAUUUGCAUGUUCGUGUCCGGGUUGUUCACCAUGUGGAUCAAGGAAGGUACAACUACGUUGACCUGGAUUCCGGUGGUUUGUUUGCUGCUGUAUGUUUGUGCUUCCAUGAUCGGGUUGCUGACAAUUCCUUGGACCAUGACGGCAGAGCUCUUUCCUACAGAGAUCAGAGGCAUUGGUCAUUCACUGUCAUACUCCAUGGCGAAUUUGUUGAUGUUCUUCGCUGUGCAGAGUUACAGAUCAAUGACCGACAUCCUGGGUGGUGCCCACGCGGUUCAAUGGCUGUUCGCAGCUGUAUCGGUCGUGGGCUUCCUGUUUGCGUUGAUCUUCCUUCCGGAAACGCACGGCAAAAGUUUGGCUCAAAUAGAGGCGUACUUUGCCGGUGACAAGAAGCGAAACCCUCAGCUUACCGCCACGAUACAACAAAGCAAUAUGGGCCAUCGAAGGGCGACGGAGCAUCUGAUCAAGGUUCCCAGUUCGCACUCGUUCAAACUGAAGGAAGCAGAAGUAUUGCUUAUGAAGCACAAAGAAGCUGCUUAAAAAGUUUAGGAUUACUAUAGGAUAGUUAAAACCUUAAUCAGAGAAGUAUAUUUAUCUCACCGCUACUUAUUUUUAUGUCAGAAAUUUUAUGCAUGCAUGUGUGAUAAGUGUACUUAAGAUGAAGACGAUAUUUUCGCCAAUUUUCAUAUUUCUCUAGAUCACCCACCGUGAUCGCAGAACAAACAGAAAGUAUUAAAACUAACGAAAAUGAACACCGAUAGUUAUUUAUUGUACAAUACCGAUAGGAGCACAAGCUAGAAUUGCUGUUUUUAGGUAGUUAUAAAUGAAAUAUCAGAGAGCUUCGUGAAAUUACACCGAUGAAGGGUCUGAAAUUCAAUUUUAAGCACUGAUUUACAUUUUCAGCACGAAAAAGUGAUCAUUUUAUUAUGUUUCGUAAUUAUUGAUUGAAUCAAAUGUGAUAUGAUUUCCGUAAUGCCUUGUUCGUUGUAGUCAGGUAUAAUUCAACGCAGUUUCUCCAAUUUGUACUUAAAGUGCCCGAAUGAUCGCUACAAAAAAAAUCAAAUUAAACACUGCACGUCCCAGAGAAUUCCUAGCGAGAAAAAAAUGAUGCUUUUGAGUGCUUUAAAAUUAAAAACCGAUGGUACAAUAAAGUUUAAGUAGAAAAAUA